AAGCCGGCCCGAAUUCACUCGCUCGCACGGACGCGGGGGCCGAGCGCACAACGACCCGCGCCGCCGCGGACCGGCGGUGCCGGCAGGGGGUCGGGGGUCCGCGGCGACGACCCGUCGGCGACAAGUCACCGGCCAACGGCGGCGGCCGGAGGCGGCGGCAGGGACCCCGGGAGGCGGGCGACACCAAACCCAACGCACGCGAGCGCGCUCACACGCGGACACCGCCGGCACAGAGCGGACGGGGCCAGGCACGGGAACCGGGGUCGCGCCGGGCACGCGGCGGCAACGCGCCGAGAGAGCACAACACCCCGGAUCCGGGACCGGGGCGGGGACGAAGCCACACGGCUCGAGACGGAGGAGACGAUGCGGGCAAGCCUACGCACGGCGAGCAGGAGGGAGGCGCGGGAACCCGGGACGACAAACGCGCAGGCGCGCGAGGCGGCGCCCAGCGGGAGGAGACACGGUCACGCCGGCUUCGGGCCCUCGGACGGCCAACUCCCGAGCGAGGGACGCACGCGGGAAUCUCACCACCAUCGCCCCCGCGGCGUAAACGGACGCGGGAUCUCACCACCCCCAACUCCGGGGCGGUCCCGCGCAACGCCUGGGACACCGAGCCGGCCGACCAGCGGACCGGAAACCCCCACCGCGGCAGCGGCGGGCCCCCCCAAAAGAGGCCCGGAGAGGGAAAAGGCAGCUCUCGCACACACCUCAAAGACCCCGCGAGCGCCCGCGGAGCCGCCCGCGCCAGGCAGGGCCCCACCGCAUCCAUCCACGCCGCCGGGCACAGCACCCAUCAUCGACCGCCUCUCUUUCGGCCGUGUGAGCAGGGCCCACACACACCGGGAUCCUCGGCUCCGGAGGGCCAGAACCCCCCCGAGCGGCACACCACCACGGGCACGGCGGCCGCGGAACACCGCGGGGCCCAGCGCCCGCACAGCGCCGUCGUCGCCAACGGGCGGCGGCCCACACAGACGCUCGGGAACCGCGUCGCCAGGGGCCGGAGGGGGAGGGGGACGGGACCCCCAAAAACCCCACGGCACCCCAAGCACGAGGCCGGGAAGCCACACACCACACGCCCUCGCAUCGCGACCCAGCACAGGCUCCAGGGCUCCGCCACUCGACACACCGCACGCGAGGCAGGGGCGGGGACGGAUCGGGAACGUCCUCCACUCACCACACCAGACGACGGCCCGGGAGAGGCCCCGCGGGACCCUCCCCCAGCUCGGAGGGGGGAGGCGCGGGCACGCAGUCACCAACGCGGGCAGCCACUUACGCUCAAAAGCGGGACAGGGAGCGGCAGGGCCGCGGGAGCCCAUCGGGGGCGGGCCCCCGCCAACCCAGCAGCGCACGCCGCUUCCCGAACGAGGAUCGCUAGAGAACCUCUCCUCACUCUGAGGGUGGCCCGCACCCAACCCCGACGGGAACCCCGCCGGGACCAGCACACCACCUCAAAGGCGUCCAUCCUUCCCACCACGGGGGCAGCCCCACGAACCCAAGGACGGCCGGGACACACCGCGGGCGGCAGGCUGGCACAGGCAGCGGACAACGCCAGGAUCGGGAACGACACCACCACUCAGCCUCAGGCACCUGAGAGAACCGACCGGGAGCGUUCCGGGAGCACCGCGAGAGGGCAGAGCGCGAGGCGCGGCUUUGCACACCACACAGCACGGGCAAGCACGGAGCACCGACCCUCCCUCUCCGCGGAGAGAGCCGACCCCCGUACCGAUAACGAGUCACGGGAAGAGAGGAGCAAGAUCAGGGCGCCCCCCUCCUCCAGCGUGUACAAGUCCCCGACCUCACGGCGAGGGCAGGGAGAGCGCAGCCGGACCCGGUCGCCGCACCCCUGCCUCCCCGCACACCACCGGCGCCGGCACGGUGGGACGGCGAGGGCAGGGGCCCACGGGCAGAACGAGAAGAGCGGUCCCAUUCGCCAUGAAUGUCCGUCCCUCGCCUGGCGCAGCUUAGGCCCGGGCCCGAAGGAGAUCGCAACGUCACCACAUCAAUCACACCGAGGGGGUGGAGAAGACAGCCACACGGCACUCGGGAGGCGGCGGCCCAGGAAGCUCGGCUCCCGGGAGGGCCAACAGCCUGGGAAUAAAAGCGUACCCAGGACAGACACCCUUUCGUGA